CUCACGACUCACACACAACCCCUCGCUUAGUCCGACUCCUCUAGACAUUCUCGGCGCUCAUCUCGGAUCCGAAGCGCAGAACUUGGCGACGGCGACGAGAAGAUAAAGGACGCGGCGGAGCACCCAUCGCAGACGCCCUCACUUACCAUCACACCGAGCAGCUCCAACAGCUCCACAACACAACAACAUGGGCUCCAAGUCGAGCACUGAGCAGAAGGCCUCCAAAGCCGGAUCCAAGCUGAAAGCCUCGGACGCCGACGCGCCAACAGUCAUCGUGAUCGGUGCCGGCGUGUCCGGCCUGUCGUGCGCCAAGAGCCUGACCGACGCCGGGGUGAGCGUGCUCCUCCUCGAGGCGCGCGAGCGGAUCGGCGGCCGCACGCACACAUACACGGUCGAGACGGACGACAAGUCCAAUUACUUCUUCGACCUGGGCGCGUCGUAUAUCCACGGCAUUGCGGGCAACCCGCUGUACAAGUUUGCCAAGGCGCACAACCUGCCGCUCAAGGUAGAGGACGACGACGAUGACGAGGGCGAGGACGAAGAUGAGGGUGGCGCCGAGGGCGACGACAAGGACAGCCCGCACGAGAGCUGGGCCCUCGAGGCUAUCUACUCCCCCGAAGGCCCGCCGAUCGACAAGGAGCUCGCCGCGCGCCUCAACUUUAACGUCUUCAAGGCCUUCUUCUCCGACUCGGACGAGUACAGCCAGUCGUCGUCGACCGAAGUGCCGCCGAUUUCCGAGUCGCUCGGCGGGUGGCUGUUUGACGAGUCGCGCUCGACGCUAUUCAAGGGGCUGGACAACGAGCGCGACCGCAAGUUUGCGCGCGAUAUCGUGCUCUCGGCGCAGUCGUACACCGGCGGCCGGCUAGACGACGUGUCGAUGCGCUUCGUGCACUCGACCGCGACGUUCAACGGGCCCGACGCGACGUUCGUCAACGGCUACGUCGGCGUCUACGGCGCGCUGCACAAGGCGGUUGUCGAGGCCAAGAAGAGCAAGCGCAAGCUCGCGGACGUGCGCCUUGGCGAGCCAGUCACCGAGGUGCGCCUCGUCGACGACGACGAGGCAGUCGAGGUCGUCACGAGCAAGGGUAGCUACAAGGCCGCGCAUGUGGUCUGUACCCUUCCUCUCGGGGUGCUCAAGCAUAGUCCGCCCAAGUUCGACCCGCCGCUCCCCAAGCGGCGCGUGGACGCGACGAACCGCCUGGGCUUUGGGCUCAUGAACAAGAUUAUCGUGAUCUACGACAAGCCGUUCUGGCCCGAGGCGGCGCCGUACUUCUCCUUCCUGCCCUCCAAGUUGUCGGAGGACUUCCUCCCGGUUCUGAAGGACAUCGCGCUCAACAGCCUCAACCUCGUCCCGAUCAACGGCCAGCCCGCGCUCCUCUUCUUCUGCGGCGCGGAUUUUGGCCACGACCUCGAGGCAAAGUCGGACGAGUACAUCGCCGAGCACAUGCACCGCAUCCUCACACACCACUUUGGCCAGAGCGCAGGCGGCGCCAUGCCCGACAAGCCCAAGGCUGUGGUGGUUACACGUUGGGAGAGCGACCCGUACGCGCGCGGCAGCUACUCGUAUGUCCGUGUAGCCGACGACAAGGCCCUCGACCCCGAUACGACGUCCACGCCGCAGGACUACCUCGAGCUCGGGCGCCCGCUCUGGGACGAGCGGCUGCUGUUCGCCGGCGAAGCGACAGAUCCCGACCACUAUGCAACCGCCCACGGCCCGUUCAUCACCGGCCAGCGACAAGCGCAGCGAGUGCUCGACGCGCUCGAGUUGGCGGCCCUGGAGGUCUAGACUGUCUUGUUUCUGUACUGUACAACAUGUAUGUUGACAACAUAUCCCCCUACGCCUGCGGCCGAUUCAGCUCCCAGCACUCCCACCCUCCGGUGACCAGCCACUCGUCGCGCACCUCCCUGAGCCUCUCCCUGCGCUGCGCUCGCGUAGCUUUACCAAGCUGCACGUCGGCACACGCGGCGCGCAUCUUCCUCGCCGCGUUGCGCAGGUCGCCAGGAUCAGCAGCGAGGAGCCGCAGGCGCGUCCACUGGGCCUCGCUGAGCGCUGCCGCGUCGCGCGAGCAGUGGCGCGCAAUGAGCACCUGCACUUCGGCCGGCAGGUCGAGCAGCGCAAAGGGGACCACAGGGCUCGUGUCCC